AUGGCGAUGGAGGUAGGGAAUGGGAGGAGUACCCUGUUUUGGGAAGAUAACUGGCUGCAAGGUGGUCCUUUGAAGGUGACAUUUCCAAGACUUUUCUCAAUUUCUAAUCAGCAAGGAUCGAAGGUAGGGGAGUGUGGAUUUUGGGAUGGACUUGAGUGGAUAUGGAACUUCCAGUGGCGGAGAGAGUUGUUCCAAUGGGAGCUGGAACUUGUCCACCAACUUCAUGUGCGGCUUAGGCAGGUGAAAUUGUCAGAGGAUAAAGAUGAUAAUUUGGUUUGGAAGUUUGAUGGUAAAGGGGUAUUUUCUACCAAAUCUGUUGUGCAGGUACUACAAUCGGAGACUCUGUCGGAUGAGAUAACGAGCUACAGUUUCACAAGUUCUAUUUGGAGGGGAAUGGUACCGCCGAGGAUUGAGCUUUUUGGGUGGUUUGUACUUAUUGGCAGAGUAAAUACAAAGGAGAGAUUGAUUAGACUAGACGUCCUUAGGCCCAGUGAUAAUAUCUGUGUUCUUUGUAACAAGGAGGUAGAGUCGGUGGAGCAUUUAUUUCUCAGGUGUGAGAUAACAUGGAAGGUGUGGUGUAGUUGUUUGAGAUAUGUUGGGGAGGUGUGGUCUAUGCCUGGUACCAUAAAGGAACUGUUUGAGCGGUGGGCCGGUAGGCAUAAGCAGAAACAGGAUCAGAAGAAGUGGCUGCCGGGAUUCUUUGCAGUUAUUUGGAACAUUUGGGUGGAACGCAAUGCGCGGAUCUUCAAUAAUCAGAACACAGAUGUGGAGUUUGUAAUAAGAAAGACGAUUCUGAGUUACGACGAAUGGACUACGAGUGUUCCGUAG